AACUCCAUCUCAGAGCAGACUGCUUCCUGGUGUGGAGAAUUAGAGGCCAUGUGUGUCUCUUCCCCUCACAGUCCUCCCCUGUGACCAGCCCUGGAGACACACUGCUAAGCCACACCACACCACAGCACAAGACAGGACAGGACAUCACCCAGGGAGAGGCUUUCAAUUUGUCCUACUACUACUGUUGCUACUACUACAGUUCCUUCCGUGUCCGCUGGCUAAGAGAGAUCCCCUCACACAUCUCCCCUCCGUAUGGUGACUCUGGGCAGGAUGUCCCCCUGGUGUCUGCUGGCACUACUGGCCCUGGUGCCCUUCACUCUGAGUGCAAAUGCAGGGGUCAAGGUCAAACUCACACAGAAGGGGCUGGAGUAUGCUCGGCAAAUUGGGAUGGCAACACUGCAGCAGAAGUUAAAGACCAUCAAGGUCCCUGACCUGAGUGGAACAGAGAAGGUGGCUCCCAUUGGCAAGGUCAAAUACAGCCUUACAGGAAUGCAGAUCACAAAUCUGGGACUACCCAAGUCAGAGAUGGGGAUGGUUCCAGGCACGGGGGUCAGUCUCGCCAUUGGGAACGCCUUCAUUAGCCUCCAUGGAAACUGGAGGGUGCGAUAUUUACAUUUCAUCAAGGACAGUGGAUCCUUUGACCUGGCAGUGAACGCGCUCACUAUCACCACCAACAUUGCUCUGAAGAGCGACGAGACCGGCCGCCCCGCGGUCAGUACCGUUAGCUGCACCUCCAACGUCGGCAGUGCCACCAUCAAGUUCCACGGUGGAGCUAGCUGGUUGUAUAACCUCUUCAGUGCCUACAUCGACAAGGCCCUGCGCAGCGCCCUACAGAAGCAGAUCUGCCCCCUAGUGACCGAUGCCAUAGCAGAACUGAAUCCCCAACUGAAGACUUUAAAUGUUCUGGCACGGGUGGACAAGUAUGCCGAAAUUGAAUAUUCAAUGGUUGCAUCUCCCAUCGUCUCCAAGUCCUUUGUGGACUUCAGCCUAAAGGGCGAGUUUUACAACAUCGGCAAGCACAAGGAGCCUCCAUUCUCCCCGCCAGUAUUCGGUCUACCUCCGCAGGUCAACAACAUGCUCUACAUCGGCGUCUCGGCAUUCACCGCCAACUCCGCAGCCUUUGUCUACCACAACGCAGGAGCCUUUAACAUCUUCAUCACUGAUGACAUGAUCCCCCCCAGUUCUCCCAUCAGGCUCAACACCAGGACAUUUGGAGCGUUCAUCCCACAGUUAGCAAAGCAGUACCCUGGCAUGAUGAUGAAGCUAUUGGUGAAGACAACCAAGCAGCCGAACAUCAGCUUCCAGCUCAACAACGUCACACUGCUGGCCUCGGGCACCGUGACGGCCUACGCCAUCCUGCCCAACACCACUCUCGCCCCGCUCUUCAUUCUCAACAUGGAAGCCAGCGUCAGCGCCCACAUCUACGUGACCGGCGUGAAACUAGCCGGCUCGGUCAGCCUCAACAGAAUGGAUAUGGCACUGGGGGCCAGUUACGUGGGUCCUUUUCAGGUGAGAUCGCUCGAUAACAUUUUCCUGAUGGUGUUGAAGGUUGCCGUGCUCCCUAAAAUCAAUGCUCAUCUGCAGCAAGGCUACCCUCUCCCUGCAAUCGGAAAGAUGAAUCUUGUGAACACUCAGCUGCAGGUCUUGAAGGACUUCAUGCUGAUUGGAACAGAUGUUCAGUUCAGAGGAUGAGUCAGUCGUUUCCUCGAUCUCUCUACCCCAUCCCUCCAUCCUUCUUUCCUUCUAUCCCUCCAUUCCGGCCUCCUAGUCAGCAAAGUCUUCUCCGCAUAGUGCAUCAGGGUGUAAUUAAUGAGAGCCAAAGACUUGAACCUGCACACGUCUGUGGUCUUUUUUAUAAACCACAUAUGCAUUUCUUUGCAGUACAUUCUGUUUGGCUGUGGUGGAUCUGUGCCUUCCAUGUUCGAGCAUUACAAUAAAUACAUUUGGGUUUUUAACCA